UCACUUCUCGUCCACCAGAGCAGCCGCAGGAUCUUGGCCAAGGUUGUGUGAGUUCGGCUGCAAGCUAUGCAGCCGAACUUUUCAACAAAAAAUUUGUUGAUCACGAUAAAGUAUUAUCUAUCUAUCAUUCGGUGAAAUUUAGUAUUCUCAGUCGGUCGUGCAACCACAACAACUUUGGGAACAAUUAAUAUCAUCAUUCGGUGCAAUUUUUGUAGGCUACAGAGUUAGUUUUUCGGUUAUAGAUUCAUUUGAUGUUGCGGAUGCGGGAUCAUGAUCAAGUGGAGAGGGAAAUGAAAAUGAUGAAAAAGGAAACACAACGGAAAUGGAUCUUUUAGGGCCUUGAACUUUUGACGCCAUGCCCAGGCAUGGAAAAAAAGAAAGAAAGAUGACCGCGGAGGAUUCGUUUUUGUUGAUCCAAGAAAUCAAUGUUCAUUCAUGUAUAGCAAAGUCAUGAUGAAAACGAAAAGUGUAUAAGGUUUCCAGAUCUACUUCACGUUCAUGGAUCCGUUCGAGAGCAAACGGAAAAUCAAAAUAUUGAAAUCUCGUGUUCUACUACCGCCACCAGGUUUUGAAUAAAAGUUUCUAAUCGACCUCCACUUUGUUUUGAACGGUUCUUUAUUGCUCUCGCGAGAGGUCGUUUUUAAGUUAUAUUUUUUUCAUACAUCAUCGAUCUAUCAUCAAUCAUUAUUAUGUCGAAGGCAGCACGAAGAAUGGAUGUGGAAGACGGGAAGGCGGUCGCGUUUUCUCGCAUGCAGGAAAGUGAAGAUGCCGGCCACGUAGAUCUGGAACAACAGGGAGACACCGAGAGCAGCACAACUGCGGCGCUGCUUGGCGAGAAUAAGAACAUUAACCGCGAAGAUAAAUAUGAGCACGACCACGUAGAAGACCACCAUUCGUCCUGUAUGCAGCGACGGGCCGGGCUUCUGAUCACGCUUCUUGCUUGUGCCACGGCUAUUUUCGCCGCUGCUUUCGCUGUUUUUUUGGGUCUCUACGUGCAAGGAGCGAACCAGGUUGAGAGGCUCACGGAGCAGGUCGCGGAACUUAGGAGCGGCGGGGGGCCGAGCGGUGGCGGUACGGGGCCCAACAACGGUGGCGGUACGGGGCCCAACAACGGUGGCGGUGGCGGCCCCCCCAGCGGCCGCGACCUCAACAAAAACCCGAUUCCGGUCAGUACCGACCAGUUGCCUCUGGACGCGCCGAGUGAGAUGGUGGAGGUGUUCCGCGCGACAGACGCCGCCGCUGCCGGCAAGCGGGUCGCAGUAUGCAUGGUCGGCGGCGUGCGGGCGUUGACUUUGCCAAAUGUGUACAAGUCCAUCGGGGACAACUUGCUUGGAAAUUUGAAGGACACGGGCGUAGGCGUCGACCUGUUUUUCCUCGGAUCCCUAACCCCCGCGGGUUGGAAUGGUGGAGCGGCCUCCGCGGACACGAUUAGCCAGCCGGAUGACCCGCGGCUGCUGGCCGGGUUGGACUACUUGGAAUCGAAAGUAUCCACUUUUGCGAAGAAGCGGAUCGUGCCGGAUAGCACCUGCAGUGCCGUCGCAGAUGUGAUGGCCGACCAGGGGCGGGGUGUGAGGUCUUCUGCUCCCGGGGAAGCACCACGCUACGACGGUCCGCCCGUGCUGCCCGACUCGCUGUGCACAGACCGGGAGUUUUAUAAAUCAGCCUGGUUUCUGCAGAUGAUGUGGAUUGACGCUUGCUUCGCGGACGUGGAAAAACACGCGGCGGCGCACAACGUGACCUACGACUUGGUGGUCCGCGCCCGGCCUGAUACGGGGUUCCUGGAACCUCUGGACUGGAACGCGGCGGCCACGAGCCAGGAGUUUUCGGUCGCGCGAAACUUCCCCACCAUGCCGGUGAGGGCAUUUGCGAAGGAUACGAACCGCGUCUGGGACUGGUUUUGGACGGCGCCGUUCCAUUACAUCCCUAAGUUCCGCACCGGGACGGUUGGCUGGUACUUAAAAUACGACUCUGCCACGAACGAGUUUCGGGACAACCUGAACGGCAAACAUGGCCUACCUGACUUCGGCGCCUUCGGAAACUACGCGUUCUCUACCGUCGUCCGCAGGCCGUUCCCCGUGACGAUUGUGCGCACGGCAUCGCGCGCGCAGUGUGACUUUUUCCAGGGCUACAAGUUGCAGGGCUUCGAAGAAGUGGGCAGCAGACUGGUCCGUGACUGCGAGCAGAAGGAGAGAGACGCGUACUGGGGACUGUGA